AUGGGGCGCCGCGUGGGGAAGGGAGAGGCGGGGCCCGCGCAGUUAGCCCGCGCGUGGGCGGGGCCAGGUCGGUUAGUGCCGGAGGCGGCGGCGGCGGCGAAGGAGGUAGAAGCAGCCGAGGUCGCCAGCUUGCCCCGCCCCCCUGUCCUCUCGCAGCAGCAGCAGGUGGGCAGCGCCAGGUGCCUGGCAGGUGAGGGGAGGGCAGCUGCCACUCAGCCCAGCGGGGGGUGGGGUGGGGUGGGCGGAGUUGCCCCAGGAGCAGGUUUGGGCUUGGGGGGCGGCAGCUCACCCGCCCCACCCCGAGGUGGGUGGGGGGUAGGGAGGGAAGGAGAAUAGGAAAUAAUACCAAGGGCGGGGGGGAGAGACAGAUGCAUAGGGAGGCGGUGCACACGUGGAAGCGGGCCUUGCGGGGGGGGGGUGCUAGCUCGAGCUGCAACUGCAUUGUAGAUUUUGGAAGGGAGCACGAGGGUCAUCUAGUCCAACCCCGUUCUGCAAUGCAGGACUCUCUUUGCAACGCAGAACCCUCACGACCCUGAGGCUAAGAAUUUGGGGACAGGGGUCUCAAGCACCCACGUGCGCUUACACCGCCCACGGGGUGGGAUGGGGUGGGGCUCCGCCUAGAGCGUUAAUCCCUAAAUCCCCUGUGGUGACGUGUUGUUUUUUCGCUCUGUAUCUCGUCCAGUUCUGAUCUCUUGUCUGCUUGUAAGUAGCCAAACUGGAUUCCCUGCCUCUCCUCCCCCCCACUCCCGAGCUUUUGGAGAUUUAAGUCCAGCCCCCCUCUUAAGUUGAUGCGAGCUGUUUGUGGAUCUGGUUAAUCAUUGCUUGGGACAGUCAAGGUUGUCUGCUAGUUUGGUAUAUGUCACAGGGAUUACACCUGGUUGUUUUCCAGUUCACACUGUGCUUGAGCUGCGAAGUGUGGUUCUUGUGCGUUUUCUUAGCUCUGGUGGAAAGAAAAAAUAGCAACAUCAUCUAGCAUUAGAAGGACAAAUGGAAAUGAUAGUGUUGUACUUACUAAACUUAUUUUUAUCCACCAGGCUUUUUUAAAAUUGUGGUUGUAUAGCCUUUAAGCAGUCCAGUUUCCCCAGAUCUUUCUGGAGAUUGCAUGCUGAUUCUUGUUAUAGCGCAAAGACAUUGUCCAUCAGUUGCAGAUAAACUGUUUAUUGUCCCCUUCUCUUGCUACCUUAUGCUUAGUACUCAUGCUUCCCCAGACAUCUAGUAUAAAACAUACGGGAGACAAACAAAGAGCUUGUUAGAAAAUUUUAAUGUUAGUUAUAGAGUUGUAUAAUUGCAUCAUUUCUGUGGCCCCUUAAAUCAUCCUUUGCAAAAUUGGUUUUGUUUCAUCCGGAUAACAGAGCUGUCUAUUAAGGAGAUUACUUGCCAAAUGAAAGGCUUAAGCUUUUAUAAACUCUCUUUGCAAUCUAAUCUUAGAACACAGUUCUCCAUGUGCUGUUCCUAGUUAUGGUGUGCAACACCGUCUCCUAUAAUGACUUAACAUACAUCCUUACCCAUGGUUAAUCUCUGAAGCCAUGAGCAGCUGUGAACGAGAUUUGAAAUAAAGUUACGUGAUGUCAACUGUUUUAUGGAUGCUUUGUCUCAACAUUUGCAAAAUAAUCUGAACCCUGUUAGGGGAGGUACAUAUGCUGCCGCGGAAAGGGGGUUGUGUUUUUAAGAACUUGGAGCAAGCCUCUUUUCUUUUUGGAUGACACAGCAUGUGGUAUUGAAAAGGCAGAUGGUGUAAUGUGAUUGCACUGUAGUGCUGUAGGAACCUAUUUAUCUUCUGUCACUUAAUUCUGAACUAGCCGGGGUUCUAAAAUCUCACUUUAAACCUAUUUAUCAAGUCUAAAUAAUUUACAGCACCAUAUGAGCUUAUAAUCAAGCUGUUCUGCAUGGAAAGGCUUGCAGUAAAGCUGUCAAUAUGAAUUUGUUUUUAAACCUACAGUUAAAAUUUGCAACUCUCAUAGUCUGAAUUCAACCUUGUGUUUACCUGUGUUCACUCUGUUCUGUGAAAAUAUUUAUUCCUGGGGAGGGAAUCCUAAGGCACAAAUCAAAAAUCCACACUGAAGCAAACCAAUCAAUUGUUGUAUGUUAUAUAGAGUGACAGGAAACAUAGAUGGGCAGUACAACACAGAUGUAGUUAAGUAACAUCUAGUGCUGGUGACUGUUAAAUUGGGUUGAAUUUUGUACUACCCAAAAUUAUAAAUUCAUUCUAGGGCUAUUGAAAGCCAGUGUGGUGUAGUGUUUGGGUUCAAAUCACUAUAUGGCCACAAAACUUGCUGGGUCACCAUGGGUCAGUGGUUGCCUCUUCGCCUAUAAUUUGAUCUCUUUGGAGGAAGUGAGCCUAGAAAUGUAAUAGCUACUGGCAUGUCAAUGUCAAGAAAGCAUCUCUCUUACAUAAAAUAUAGGUAGCCACUAUGCAUCUUUUGAGCAUGGAUGCGUAAAUGAGAGAGUUUGCUAUAACCAGAGGUGAGGUAGCUGGGUAGAGGAGACUUUGGACCCUAUAAACUUUUAUUUGUGAGAGGAUUGGCUCAUGAUUUCCAUUUUCACUUUUAGCAUAUUAUAAAGUCACCACGGGGUUAUUUUCCUUAAGACAGUUUUGCUCUUUCCUAUGAAUGUGGCUUAAGCUGACGUUUUUCUCCACUUCAGGGAGCUAGUUCUGAAGUUUAUACCCUGACGCCGUCAAUACUUCUUGCUACAUGGAGUGAUGAAGUAAUCACCACGCAAAAUUGGCUUGGUAGCAUAAAAAAAAGAAUAGAGGUAAAUCGACUAACAACUUUGUUCAAUUCUGAUGUGAUAUUCUGACCUCGAGUGAAUCAGAUUUUCUUCCCAGUUUUGAAAAUCAUGGAAAUAUUGUCAGUAAUGUCUCUUCCCUCUUUGUGCAGCACACUUUUUUGGGGAGGAAUUAACACCAAUUCCUGAAUGCUUCUAUUUUUCCCCCUCUGUGAAGAAUACAGAGUUGAUGUGAUUGCAUAUUGAUAAACUUCCAAUGUAUAAAACGCUUUCAUUGCUUAUAAGAGCCCAUUUGCCAUACACGGAUGAUAAGGCAAUUUGUCUAACGCAACCCUGUUACUUUUCCUUUUCUUCACAUGGAUGAUUAAGUAUUGAUUUGUAACUUGAGGUUUACCUAACUAUCGCAAACCUCUGUAUGGUGAUGCGUUUAUAAACUGUUAGCCAGGCCCAUGGAUCUGAAAAUCAAAGAGUGUGGCUUCUAACUACAUAGAAUGCCUUCUGUGCCUGCUUUAGCCUCUCAUUUGAUUUAAAUACUCACGUUAAUCUAAAACGUUCUUGCUAUUUUAGGAGAUGCUUACGUAG